UGAACAAACCGUUUUGUAGCGGGCGCGUGCGUGCGUGCAAUAGACACAGAGAACUGUAUAAAGUGCAGCUGAUGGGAAUUUCCUCGAAUCGAAUCCCUUUCCGUUACCGUUGUGCUUUCUUAGUGUAAUAGUUUCCCCCCCAGGCGGGGUUUGUACUAUCUACUACGGUUCGUAAUCCGUUUUGUGGUGUUGCAUGUACGCUCUGGUUUGCUCUGGAAUGCUUCAAGUCGUUGCAUCCUAAACCGCGAUUACGCUCAUCGUCCACCGAUCGAACUGCACCUCGUGGAGAUCCUAGCCAGGCCUGCUGUCUGGUCUGGUCAGUGUAGGCUGUGCCCGGUACUUGCGGUAACGUGGCGAACGGUGUUUGAAAGAAAUUCGACGACGACGCCGGCGGGUGUACGAAACACCCGCGAAGACCCGCGCAGAGAAGGUGUUCGCAGGUGUGUUGAAAGGGAAAUCAGUGAAAACGCGCGCACUCCAGCGUGAGCUUCGUGAGCGUUGGUUCGUGGCUAUUCGUGUGUGUUUGUGCUUCUUGUGUGUAGCGUAGUGUACCACGACGGGUGCCGAAAGUGAGUGAAAAGUAACGCACGUUUUCGAAGGGGGGUGAGAGUAGUUUGUACAUCAACGAAGCAUUUAUGCUAGUCUCCGGCCACCUAACGCCAUCCAGACCACGAAACGUGGGCACAAGAAUUCGUCUUUAAGCUCGGCUAACUCGGCCACCGACAGCAUUGGUGCGAGCUGCAACAUCGGUUUUGCACAAUCUUGGCGUCCUUAGAUUUCGAUUUUCACGAAUUUAAAGUCCAACCGCAGCAACCGCAGCAGCAUUUAAUUUGCUCGUGAUCCUCAUUCCGUUGUCGGUCCUUCGUUUCCUGGCAUUCCCCGGGAUCAACUAUAACAACAGUCCGCAGUCCGGCCAGUGCAGGCGCCUAGACACCUUAACCCAAAGGCUCAACGAAGAUGGGACCGCACGAUAAGCCGAGGCGAACUUCGCACUCAACGUCACACCUUCGCACCCAGUGGCCCCACCGCCAAUCGACACGCUGUCGACGGGGCACGACGACGACGACGACGACGAUACUUCAAUCGCCUACAGUACUACUGCUGCUGCUGCUACUGUUUGCCGUUACCCUCGUCCAGACCGGUCCCGUGAUCCGAUCGCGGCGUAUGAUCCGCGAGAUUUAUGUAGAAAACUCGGCCGCGAACGCAGCGGCAGCCGCCACCGCUCCCGCCUCGGUCCCCGAAAGCUCAUCAUCAGCUGAAGCCUCCGGCGACAGCGAUAUCGCUCCGGCUGCAGACUUUGUCGCAAGAAGUGAUAUGUGCCUGUACGAUGGAUCGUACGUUGAGCGAUCGACGAUUUCGUGCGAGAAGAAGCACGGUUGCCGAGCGAUCCAGAAAACCGGCGAAUGCUGUCCGGACUUUCAGUGCGAGUGCCAGAAGGAUGGCAAAACGUACGCCAACGGUGAGAAGCUGUUCGAUCCCAACACACCGUGCCGUUCCUGUUACUGCCAGGGCGGUGAGGUCACUUGCAGUGAGGUGAGCUGCUACAAGCGAAACGAUUGCGAUCCCAAGUACAUCCCUGGUCGAUGCUGCCCGGAGUACGACAAUUGUCCACCGUUGGAGCACUUUAAAUUAUCGGAAUCCAGCGGAGCGAAAGACGGUGAAGCCGGCCACGGCAAACAGGAAACGAAUGAAGUGAACGGAUCGGCACAAAGCGGCGCCCCGUCCACCACGGAAACGGAGGAUCUUGUGACCGGACAUCAAAAGCAAUCCCCAUCCACUACACCCGCCGCUAGUGCAUCGGCGACAACGACGACAGCAACGACGAGCACGGCGGCGGCGACGACGACGACGACGACGACGGCGGCGAUAUUGCCAACGCCCUCGCACGAUAAUCCGCUCGGUAUCAAGAUCAAAGAAAUCACCAAAGCGGAAGAGAUCCGGCUGACCGACAAUCGGCCACCGCAGACACCGGAACCAUCGGUCGCGUUGCCGCACAGCGAGGAGCUGGUCAAUCUCGAGCAUCUCGACGUACACGUACCGGAUGAUGAUGGUGAGAAUGGGACGAAAAUCGUUCGCCACACCGAGACGACCGAUGGGCGCGGCGAUACGAACGACGUCACGUCAUCGGCGAGCAACGAAUCCGGAGUGCCCCAGUGGCAGGGCGUCGCAACGUCGGCCGAGAAUCGCGUAGAAUCGAACGAAUCCUCCACCAGUGGUGCCAUAUCGGAAUCGGAUGAGUGGUUGAGUGUGAAGGAGAUGGCAGACGGAUCGACUUGGGCACCGUCGAGUAGUCCCACCAGCAUCACCACUACCCAGGCACCGGCCAGCAGUCCUUCAACGAGUGAUCCGACAGAGGAGGACGAAGAUCGGGAUCGGGAGACGGCCAAGAAACCAUCGAAGCAGGACAACGGAUUACCGGCCGUGGUGCAGAUCGGCGAUAAGCUCGUGAUCGUGGAUCACAACCAACCGAAACCGAUCACCGUCAUCCAGGUGGAGGAAGUUGAGGGGCUGCAGCGCGGUGAGGAUGACAGUGUGUACGAUCAGGAGAUGUAUACGGAGCGAUCACCGGUGGCCAGCGAAACGGGCACACGCGAAUCAUCGAAAAAGCUGAAGCUCCAUCAGGCGUCUGAGCAGGAACAGGAAACGCUUUCGACGCAGGCCGACUCGAGCGGUUCGUACGAGACCGUAUGGCACGGUCCGGUCUCCACGGAGUUGGUGGAUUUGACUUCGGAAGAGAUCUACGAUACGCAGCCGUAUACUGAGGGUCCCGAUGGCGCUGCCAACGACACCACCGUCAAUGCCACCGUCUCCAGUGAGCUGGAUUCGGUCAGUAAAGAAGACUUCCUGCAUAUGGCUCCAUCGAAGGAACCGGCCAAGCUGGUGGCAGUCGGGAAGGACGCCGAUCAGACCACCGCUACGCCGACAGGUAGCAGUGAUGGGUACAUCAACACCGAUGAAGGCAGUACCACCAUUUCCGAUCUGGCGAUCUCGCUCAGUACCGACGCGUCCGGUGAUGGUACCAUCUACGAUACACACUUCUACACCGAGGAACCGUCGCUUUCCUCGGAGGAAGUGAAAUGGCAAGGACCAACGGCAGGUCCAACGGCAGCAGAGGAAGCAUCGACUCCGGGAAGCCCUACCUACGUCACUCGCGAUCACCAUGUCCCGAUCGCCGAGGAGCUGGUGACGCACGGUAAAACCUACAUCGAGGACGAUGAGCACGAUCUCAUCCAGCCCGGUUUCCAGCCAAUACCGGAGGAUUUUAGUCUACCGCAGCGCGAUCAGGCAGCGCACGAGAUGGGCGAUGAGAUGGAGCACCAUCAGACACCCGCCGCUCCAGAGGCAGUCAAAAAUGAGAAGCAGCAAAACCGUAUCCUCGCCGAGGUGCUGGAAUUGACGAGUAACAAAAACGGUACCACCACGACGACGACGACGACGGUUCGACCGGUGAUGGACAAAGAGGAAUCAUCGACGGAAGGUGCCACCGGUGGACCGUCGCAGGAGGAAACCUCAAACUCUCCUGCGUGGCUCAAGGAAGAUCCGAAACCACAGCUCCGGUCACCGGGUGAACCGCUUCUUAUCCCGGAAUGGGAACGUCACAAUCGUACCGGUGCCAGUGCCAACUCCUCCGAGGAAGAGCUAGAUGGUGGAUCGGGGGAAGGUGCCAGCAGUAGUGCUGCUGGUGCUGCUGCAGCAACGGGAUCCUAUCACCUGCUGAAGAUGGGCUCGGACGAGUAUGUGGAUGGUUCGCUGGAGGAAGGUUCGGCGUCCACGUCUACGGCCACCGCCCCAUUGAAGGCCGCCGCGCAAUCCGAGAAAGACGAAGCGGAUGACGAUGAUGACGGUGGCGAGCGGGAAAAGUCCGAGACGAGUGCAUCGGCUUCAGCGUCGGCAUCCUCCGUCCGGUCGCUGCUGGACAUUGACUCACCGGCCGACGCCACGGUCACCGAACAGUCGGACAGUGUGAAGCACAAUCCCAAGAACGACGUCGAGAGUUUGAAGUACGACGAGGAUGAAAACAAUGCGACCGCAGACGAGGCGAUACCGAAGAAGGUGCAGCAGCUGGAGACGACCGGACGACAUGGGGCCGCGCCCACGAUCACCAGUGUUUGAGUCGUCAUCCGGAGGGGCGCACUAGUGAAGUAGUAGAUACACAUACACACACACACACAUACAGACACACCCGGUGCCAGUUUAUACAUUCCUCAACGCGCUCGCGCCCCCUCCCUUUUUCCUUGUCCUGUCCGAUGCAAGUGCUGUGUGCCGUGUGCCAUCGAGUUUUAGAUUUUUCCCCCUUUGCUUACUUGGCUCCCCGCCCCCCAGUUUAUGGUCAACCAAACCGGCGGCCAAAUCCCAUGGUUAUGUAUAGGUGCAAAUUAUUUAUUAACGCGGCAUCGCAACCGGUCCUUCUGUGGAUCGGAGGAGGGUGGCGUUCUGCGAUCAACUCCUCCAGCAGGCCAGAGAACAGCGAUAGAGCGAUGCGAUUGGGGAUGGUAAAGGCAGUUCCUUUACUGCCGAAGGACGCGAGAAAACGCCAUGAUGCAUAUGCCGGAUUUAGUUUACACUUUAAGAGAGACUGUUGUGUUAGGAGCGGCGCUAGUGAGUACAUAUUUAUUAAUUAUCAUACUAUUUAUCAGAACCGGUGGUAGCGCCCAACAGUUUCCAUCUCCCCGGUUAGUAAGCCCUCGCUCCCGUUCUGUCUCCGUGGCGGACACGCGCACCUUCCUCACUUAAGGAGUCUUUGUCCCCCUUUCUCCCUCUCUCUCUCUCUCUCUCUCUGUAGUAUGAUAUGAACGGCAAGAAAAAGGCAGUGGUUAGGGAUAUAAAAGAAAGGAAUUCGGAUACGGCAGCCGAUAGCAUCAUCGAUAGCACUUCUGAAACCUGACCUCACGGUUUUCUCGGUGCUGUUCCGUUGAUGAUGCAGAAGAUGUGCUGAGAAGAGUUCUAGCCGUUAGCCUGGCUCGUUAGUGCGGGACCAGCGCCAGCAGCAGCAGCAGCAGCAGAAGCAGCAUUUUCGAUUCAUUGAAAAAUGUUUCAUUUGUUUCCAUAAUAUGAGGAUUAGCAAGACUAUUAAAUAUCGUUAGACUAUACGCAGCACAACUUUACCUUUAAGCAACAGUGCUCCCCUUGCCCGCCCCUCCCGCGAACAACAUAUGCAGUACAGUGCAGAGAGUCUAAGAGCAGCAAGAUAACCUUUCGGGGUUUGCGGGAAGGCGGGGUACGGGGGGAAGGGGGAAUCGAUAAUUACAUAUAGAUAGCGAAAUUAAAUAUUAUUCGAAAAAGUGUAAAAAGUGACUGUACGGAAAAAUAUACGGAAUGGAAUAAAGAUUUCAUAAGGAAGCGAAA